UCUUCAGCGGUCAAGUACCUUCCCCGCUCCUCAUGGAUGUCAUGCCAAUGAGACUGCGUGGGCAGAAUGGCCAAUGCCACUAGAAAGGUGCAAUGGACUUCUUGCCCUUGCUCUUCGCCUUCGGCUUUGGAGGUUCACACCUGCUGGCAACUGCUUCAAGGCUUGUGUCAGCACAGGCUUGGGCGCCACCACCUGGACUUGGAGACUUGCUCCCAUCAGCACCCAGGAUCUUCAAACUCAUCAGCAGAAGAUUGGGCUUACACUCGCACCUGAACCCCUUGCUCCACGACGCGGCGAAGAUCAGGAUAUCCUUGAGCUCCUUACAAGUGGAAGUUGACCAAAAGAACAGCACACAGAUCUCCAAUGAGAAGAUCCGUGGUUCGCAAAGGCAUCAGGCCUUGAUUGCAUCCUGCAGAUCCUCCUUGUAUUCUGCAAGGUGGCCACAACCACAAGAGCAAGCCUGGCCUGGUGCGCAACCAUGGUGCGAAGACGUGUUGCUUCAGCCACGUCAAGCGAAGAUGUGAGCCAAGGGCUGCAAUAGAUCAGAUCUAUAGGCAAGAAGAUUGGUGC